AUGGCGACGGAGAAAGCCCAGGCAAACUCAAGUGGUGUCCCACAGGAAAAGGAUUUCUCGCAUAAUAACAAUCAUCACGGAGAUAGCAGCAAUUCAUAUGAGAUGAAUGACAUGUCAAUUGGCUCGGAAGAUGCAUUAAAAAGAAUCAAGACUGCUGGUAGCAUCAGUAUCAGCCCGGAAUUGUUUGAAAAGAUAUAUCUCUCUCCUCAAAACGCCGUGAAAGGUGACCUGAGAAAAACUUUUGGAAACCCUACUCCGGUAGCGAUAGUUGGGUUUCUAAUUACCUUAUCACCAUUAUCGUGUGAUCUUAUGGGCUGGCGUGGGGCGGGUAACAACGGUGCGGCAGGAAUUGGUUCCUAUUUCUUCUUUGGUGGACUCCUCAUGAUUGUCGGCGGUAACACUUUCCCAUUUGUGGUAUUCAUCUCUUUCGGUGCUUUCUGGCUUACGUUCGCCUCCACACUUCAACCUUUCUACUACGCAUAUGGGCUCUACGCUCCUCCCGGCGGUACUCCUGUCGAUGGCCUGAAAACAGUUGGAUUCAACGCCUCUUUCGGAUUCUUUCUUGUUUUUAUGGCGGUCCUGUGUCUCAUAUACCUGGUGUGUUCUCUGCGCACAAAUGUCGUCUUUGUUAUUAUAUUUUUUACAUUGGUUGUUGCUUUCUCACUUUUGACUUCUGUAUAUUGGCACACGGCAAACAGUAUUGGCAACAACGAUGCGACUCAAAUGGCGUUGGCAAAUCGAUUGCAGAUUGCGGCUGGUGCGACUCUUUUCGUAACAUCACUGGCGGGUUGGUGGAUCUUUUUUGCUAUCAUGCUGGCGGCUCUAGACUUUCCGUUCCAAAUCCCAGUGGGCGAUCUGAGCACUUUGAUCACGGGAGCCAGUGAGCGAGAAAAGUCAAAGGAACAAAUGGCAUAG